UUGUUUUCUUUGGUUUAACUGUGAUCAUCUCUGUGAUUUUUGUCAGAGUAGCCAUUUAAGGCACUGUGCUUGUAUUCCUUGAGUGAGCCUGCCUGUGUCAUGCCCUCCAAGCAGGUCACUGUGCAUGGUAAGCCUUUCCCUUGAUCCUGUGGGAGCUGGGUUAGCAUUACAGCACAGCCUGUGGGGCCUGGGCUUGGCUCCACUACAUGCUGUCUGCAGAGCUGCUGGAGGCUUCCAUGAGAGUGCUCUCUGCUGGGAGAACAUCCAGAGGGAAGGGCCCAUUAGACAAGCCAGAAAGCAGGCUGGUGUGCCUGACCUGGUCAAGGUUUGUCCAAGGACAAACGCCCUGCGGCAGACAGAGCACAGCCUUGCCCAUUGCAGCCUUGUCCCAGCCUACCGCACCCGCUGUGCUGCCUGGUGACAAAACCUGCCCUCGGAUUCAGGCCAGAUUAAGCUGCCAUUGUGCAGCUGAAUGUUGAAAGCAAGGCUCACCAACCUCAUCCCUGCUUGGGACUGAUAGCAGAGGUUAUCCAGGUAGGCAUAAACACUCCUGUCUGUCCAGGGAGCGUGCAAGUCGCACUCAAUCAGUGUGCAGGCAUGCAGUAAUUCAGGAUAGCAAAGGAAGGGAAAAACCUUCUGGAAUGCAGUCCAAGAGCAGGAAAGGGCAUAAUUAAAAUAUGCAUAACUAGCUUGUGUUUUUUCCUGAACACGUGAAGUGGUUGGAUGUAGUCCUACAGAUCACUGAGGAGAAUGCCAUGGAGAGGGAGGAUGUGAGCUGAUUGGAGUUACCAAGGCACUUAUUAAAAGGCUUUGGGUUUUAAAAUCUAAAAAUUGUGAAAUGUCUUUGCUGCUUGGAGCUCACAGUUGAGGAAGUGAGAGUUGCUGAGGUGAGCCAUGUACCGCUCCUUUGGUCAGUCAGGUUGUGGAUGUCUCAGUGUGUUACUGAACUGGGAUUUUCCAAUUAACUGCUCUAGUCUGGGCACAUCAGUACCCUUCACAGAGACCAGUCCUACUUGUCCCAAUCUGCCUGUGACCAAGGAAGCUGUACAGUGUUUGGAGUUGUGGAGAGUGGUUUAGUACAAGAAGCGUGUUUGACAGGUCUGUUCUAGAGACCCUGCAAACACUAUGUAACAAGUAUGAGUGUUUGCAUUAAGCAUAGUCACUUCUUGGAGAGGCAGAGAUGGGCUUUUCUGGCAGGAAUGAAGGGCACUGCUUCUAUGGGAGGCAGCAGUUUACCUGCUCUUUCAGCCUUUGUCACUGCUUGUGCUUGGCCAGGUCUGGACUUGUGCCCCGCAGCUCUAGCCAGCAAUCCCAGGCCUGGCACCGGCCGGUGGGCUGCCUGGCUUCCCGGGCUGUGCACAGCCAGGCUGAGUGCAAAGUGAUUAGCACAGCCCUGGGGCUUGCAGGGCCUGGGAUCAAAGGCCUGCCGCUGGCAGCCACUGAUGAAGAACACCAUCCAUUAUCUUUGUGCCUCAUCGCUUCCUAAUCUCGGCACUAGCUGUUCCCGCAGUUCCUCUUCUGGAUGGCAGGGACUGAGAGAUGGGAGGAACAGGGGAGCAGAGCAGGGACUGGCGUCUGCACUUGAACUCCAGUGUAGCAUUCUGAGGGUGAAUAUCCUUCUGGAAGUAAUACAAGACCUGCAUUAUGAGGAGAAAAAACCACCACACUUUCAGUCGUGUUUUGUUUGGCUCACCUUUGUUUGGCUGUUUUUUUGUUCUUCUGCACUGUCAGAUUCUGGGUCUCGCUCUAAAACUGCACCUUUAUGCCCACAGGUAAUAGGAAACCAGGGUUUCAAAAGAAAACCUGAUGCCAUUGCUAGAUAAUAGCAGUUUCCUAAAUAAAUGUGUGGUUGCCCCGGGGGUUAGGUUGUUACCAGAUGCACCUUUUCUUGAUUGGUGAGAACAGGAGAUGACGCUUCCUGGAGUAUAAGUGCAAGAGAAAACACGGGAGCACAGAUAAGCACAGCAAGCAAGCCACCUGGAAAGAAGACCUGAGAAGGUGUUAAAGCAGCUGCCAUGGCAUUUGGAAUGCUAAUCUAUAUUUUGCUGAAAGCAAUGGGGGCACUGAGUGAAGAGUCUGCUAUUACUGCUUCAUCCCUCAGCACGGACUUACGGAUUAAUUGGACAAAAAACAAUGCUGAAGUAGAUUAUUCAGAGCAGCCAAAGCUCUUGAAGCUGAUGCAGACCUGCCUUGAGGAGCACCACAGCUAUUGUAUCAAUGGGCUCUGCGCCUUCCACAGCGAGCUGAGGAAGCCCAUAUGCAAGUGCCUUGCAGGUUACAAUGGAGAGAGGUGUGAACAUUUAACACUAAAUUCAUAUGCACAUAAUUCUUAUGAGCGCUACAUUGCUGUGGGGAUUGGGAUUGGAAUACUGACCAGUGGAAUACUCGCCAUCAUCUACUGCUAUGUAAGAAAGAGUUGUCUUUCAGGCCCAAGGAGGCUUUGGAAGUGAGAGUUUGCUGGUAUUUUUUUGCCAGUGGAAGUGCAAGGUGAAGCACCAGGUAAGCCUGUGCUAUGCAAAAUGGGACUUGGUGUCAGGACAGCAUGAGAAUAAAAUAGAAAGAUGACGAUGGGAAGAAGGCAAGGCAGGAAGGAAAAGAAGGUGCUUGUUUUAUUUUAUUUCUCUUUUUCCAAGUGGAGUCAUGGCUUCCAGCACAGUGUUCCUCACCCCCUGGGUGCUGUGUGCCCACCCUGCAGAAGCACAGCCUCAGAGCAGGCCCUAGCUGUGUGUGAGGCAUGGCUGCCUGACUGACUCACGGUGCACUUGGGCUGAGGGAAUCUGCAUGGCCUCACAUUGCUGCAGGGAGUCAGCCCUGCUGAGCCCUUCCUUGAUAAGUGACAGAUGCUGCCAGCCUGGAAUGGUGUGCUGCUGCUUACGGUGCUGAAUUUCCUGCAGAACUGGCCUGUCAGAGGAUCAGGAUCAUCUUUCCUAGCUCAUUUAUCAGGCUCACUACUCUUUGUGUAGUGGCAUAAUUAAGAGAGUCUUAAGCUUCUUCCCUUUCCAGCUGCACGUGCCAAAAACUGUCAUUUCAAGAGGAGCCUCUGCUUUAUGUGACUUUUAGGUAGGGCUGCUUCAGCUAUGGGAGACAGCAGCUUAGCAGGGGCAAGCCAGAGACAUCAAAGACCAGGAUAUUCCUUUCUCAAGGACAGAGCACUUGCCCUGUGAAUGAUCCAGGCUGGUGGAACCACACUGGCUUUUGCUGCAGCACAUCUCUCACGCUGGGUUGCCCUUAAGCUACCCAGCCCUGAACCUGCUCCACUGGCACCUGCAGCCACUGUGCAGGUGUGCUGGGCUGCCACUGGAACAUCUUCCCUGCAUUCAGCUCCCAUUUUCUGCUUAGCUGUGUGGGUGGCCUACAAGUUUCCCUGAUCCCAGCAAGGUCUGUUGCAAACACUGAGAUGUAAGCCUGGGGACAAGAUGGCUUUAAAGACAUUUGAUUUGGUUUUGGAGGGAAGUGUAAGGAGUUGAAUUGAUGCUCUGAGUGCACAGUGUCCCUGUCCCUCCUGCUGGCUGGGGCACACUGGUGGCUGGCACACAGGUAAGAGACAGUUUUUCCUUGGAGGUUUUCUGUUAUUCUUAGUAGCCCACAGUAUAUUUGGAAAAUGACACACCAGGGUUUGUUCUCCAUCCCACUUACAGUAAAAGUACAAAUCUCAUUGGUGCUGCUGCAGCAGUGCAACCCUGCCUUGUGUUUGUGUACUAAGAACCAGCUGUGAAACUAAUCGCUUCUAAGUUACUCUCAAUUUCAUGCAAAAAAACCCCAAAACAAGACUGAACCCCCCUCCCCAAAGAACCCACUCCAACUCUCCCCUCCACCUCCAACAAAACCCCAAAACCAAAAUCAAACCCAAAAAAUCAUAUUCCUCUUGGCAGAAGAGCUUUGUAAUUCUUUGUACGUGUUAUAUGUUUUGUUUCAUUUCUGGUCCAUGAAAUACACUGUAGCAUCCCACAAGGAGAAGGCUAAUUUGGUAAUGCAAUUGAUUUCAUAAUUAAGUUCAGAAUAACUCCUGUCACCCCUGAAGGUUGCAGUUCUUAAUGGAUUGCCUUUUGACCAUCCCUAGGAAGCAAGGCUUUGAGAAUGAUGUUCAUUAUUCUUCUGUGAGUUCUUUUAAGAAAUGGUGCUUGGGUAGAUCAGUAACACAGUAAGUGUUAAGAGACAGGAAAGAUGGGUCAGAUUUGGUAACAUGCAAGUUUGAGGGCAAACAGCUAGAAUUUCUUUCUGAAUAAUCAUUUCAGUUCUCUCUUGUGUGAUAUGAGUGCAGAUUUACUAUUUGUGUUUUAACUUUUAGAGCUAUCCUGAAAAGUAUCAUGGCAAAGUGUAAGUGUUAGAGAGCAGACAAUGUGCACGAUAAAUAAUCUGAAGGAUUCCGAUUCAGUCAGAGCUGGAUUCAGUGAGCUCCAGCCUUGUCAGAGGCAGGGUCUUCAUAGCCCUGCUGAUUUCAGUGAAUGCUGGCACGGAACCCAGAGCUGGCUGCUCUCUGGUGUGUGUGUCACAGAGCUCUGGUGUGGCUGCUCUUACCUGUCCUGAGCCUUGCUUGGAGAAGGGAAAUGCCUGUAGAGGUCCCUAUUGUACUGCAAAUCCAGGAAACCGCUUGGGACUCCUCCUUUAUGACCCAGUUGAGGAACAAAGGCAAAAAAAGUGCAGGUACUCAUUAAAAUCUCAGUGUAAGUAGUCAUUAAUUAUCAUGGCAGCAAUAAAAUCUUGUACUAUGACUAGACUUGGGGCUGCUCCUACUCUCGCUGAACUGAGUGGAAGGGAGAGCAGGUUCUGUGAGCAGCAGAGGUGGCUGAGCUGGAGGAGGUGUGUGUGAGAGGGGACUGUUCACUGGGCUGCUCUGCGAGCUCUGCUACUCCGGGCCCUUUGGCUCUUGGCUCCUUCCCUCUCUGUGGCUGCCAGUGUUGGGAGCUGGGACACAGGCUGGGUUUGGUUGAGAGCAGGGUUUGACUUGGUAUGAAGCCCAUGGCCUGUGGGCAAGCAAACCUGUAAAUGAGAGGUUGCUUGAGUCAAAUUAAAAUUCUAAUUUCAAUUUUCAUAAGUAUAAACAUAAAAAUAGCCCAUGAGACACAGUUUCAACAGACAAAUUAGGGUUAAAACUGCUCUAAAUGCUUAUUCUCUGGAGCAGUUUGGGAUGAGCUGAACUUGCUAGUUGAGGUAUGUCUUGCAUAGCCAUUCUGGGGGAAUUUUCCAUUUGAUGGUUUGGGGGUUUUGCCCCAUUGUGGAAUUAGGGCCAUCUGUGAAUGGUCACCUGCCUUAGCUCUGGGCUCAGUUUUCUAGUUCAUAAAAAGGUUAAAGGUAUCCAAAGGCGAGGUUUUGAUUCCAUGUUUAAGGCCAAAUCACUUAAAUGGUAAUUUUUAAUCAAAACUUCUUGUUGAAUUUAUCUGGUUGGUAUUGGCAAGGAAGUUUCCUUGUAUAGAUUCCCCAGUGCCUUUUUUGCCUUUCUGUGAAGGUGUUUUGUCCUUUAAUAAGCAAAAACACAGUUUACUGCAUUUUUAAUACCUGAUAUUCAAAUGCCAGCUGUGUUUCCUGGCUAGGACUGAGCAAAAUUUGGCAUGGCAGCAUUGCCCCUGUUAUGCUCUU